AUGCGACUAGAUUUUCUAGUAAUCGAGAUAACCACUGACACCAACACGCUCACAAACACACACUCACAAUAUCUAUCUAUCUAUCUAUCUAUCUAUCUAUCUAUCUAUCUAUCUAUCUAUCUAUCUAUCUAUCUAUCUCACGAUGUUCGUCUCUAUACUUUCAAUAAAAGUAUCUAUCUAUCUAUUCUAUCUAUCUAUCUAUCUAUCUAUCUAUCUAUCUAUCUAUCUACCUCACGAUGUUUAUCCGACAUUAUCUAUCUAUCUAUCUAUCUAUCUAUCUAUCUAUCUAUCUAUGUUAGUUCUUUCUUUUUCUAUCUCUUCCCCCGAGCUCUCUCUCUCUCUCUCUCUCUCUCUCUCCUCUACAUUGUUGUUCUUCUUUUCCCAGCUCUCUCUUUCUCUCUCUCUCUCUUCUCUUUAUCUAUUGCUUUCUUCUUGUGUCUCAUCAGUUCGCAUAUGAGCCUCGCGUCUCCUGGCGUUUGCUUGUAUUACUUCAUAGCUUUCCGGCGAUAA